CCUAAAGCAUCAGGUUCAGACCAGACUUGUUGAUCUCCAUCAGGAGCCUGCAGGAAAAAAAAAAGGGAAAGAUCAUCUUUUAUUUGUAUCCACCUGCCUUCUACAUGGUCCAGUGACAGCAAGAGGAGCCCAAGGGGCUGGUUCUGUCAAGGAAGAUCCCACAAGGAGCAAGGGGGAAUCUGCCUGCUGGGGAAGGAGAGGUUUCUCUGCAUGCAAACUGGGCUACUGGGGUGCUGUGAAGGCUGGGAAGGAGGUCAUCAGGAUUCCACGGAGAAAAUGUCCCGCCAGUUUGCCGCUUCCCUGCUGCUCUCGGAAUGGAGGUGAAAUGGAAAAAGUUGGCACCUCCAUGUGACUUUUGAUUCCCCCCCCCAACCCCCCGGCACCCCCAAGGUAGACGCUGUUCCUUAGACUUUAACGGAGAGGUUCCUUCCGCUCACAGCUAUGCCUGGGUGGAUGAAUAAGCAUGGAUCUCGAUCGACUACCUCGUUGCCUCCGGAUCCCAUGGAUAUUAUCAGGAGCAAGGCUUGCUCUAGGAGGGUGAAGUUAAACGUUGGGGGGUUGGCACAUGAAGUUUUAUGGAGGACCCUGGAUAGGUUACCGAGAACCCGGCUUGGGAAACUUAGAGACUGCAACACUCAUGAAUGCCUGAUGGAAAUAUGCGACGACUACAACCUGGAGGAGAACGAGUAUUUUUUUGACAGGCACCCCGGCGCCUUCACUUCGAUAUUGAACUUCUACCGUACUGGGAAAUUGCACAUGAUGGAGGAGAUGUGCGCGCUGUCCUUCAGCCAAGAGCUGGACUAUUGGGGCAUCGAUGAGAUCUACCUGGAGUCGUGCUGCCAGGCUCGAUACCAUCAGAAGAAGGAACAGAUGAACGAAGAGCUCAAGCGAGAAGCGGAGACCCUGCGGGAGCGAGAAGGGGAAGAGUUUGAUAACACCUGUUGCGCUGACAAGAGGAAAAAAUUGUGGGAUUUGUUGGAGAAACCAAACUCAUCGGUAGCAGCCAAGAUCUUGGCAAUUAUAUCCAUCCUCUUCAUUGUAUUAUCUACGAUUGCCUUGUCACUAAACACACUUCCAGAUCUACAAGGUAUAGAUGAAUUUGGACAAACCACAGACAAUCCUCAGCUGGCACAUGUGGAAGCUGUCUGUAUCGCAUGGUUUACAAUGGAAUACCUCUUGAGAUUUUUGUCUUCACCAAAUAAGUGGAAGUUUUUUAAGGGACCACUAAACGUCAUUGACUUGCUAGCGAUCUUACCGUAUUAUGUCACAAUAUUCCUCACGGAAUCAAACAAAAGUGUACUUCAGUUCCAAAAUGUCCGACGGGUGGUGCAGAUAUUCCGAAUCAUGAGAAUACUUCGAAUUCUUAAAUUGGCCAGGCACUCUACCGGUCUGCAGUCCUUGGGUUUCACCUUAAGAAGGAGUUACAAUGAACUAGGGUUGCUCAUUUUGUUUUUGGCUAUGGGCAUCAUGAUAUUUUCCAGCUUAGUGUUUUUUGCAGAGAAGGAUGAGGAAGAUACAAAGUUUAAAAGCAUACCAGCCUCGUUUUGGUGGGCUACAAUCACGAUGACAACGGUUGGAUAUGGCGACAUCUACCCUAAGACGCUUUUGGGGAAAAUAGUAGGAGGUUUAUGUUGUAUUGCGGGGGUGUUGGUAAUAGCUCUGCCGAUCCCUAUUAUAGUCAACAAUUUUUCUGAGUUCUACAAAGAACAGAAGAGGCAGGAGAAAGCCAUCAAGCGUAGGGAGGCACUGGAAAGAGCCAAACGAAACGGUAGCAUUGUUUCCAUGAACAUGAAAGAUGCCUUUGCUCGUAGCGUAGAACUUAUGGACGUUGUCGUUGAAAAGACAGAUGACAACUCGGGAAGGAAAGACAAAGUCCAAGAUAACCACUUAUCGCCUAGCCGAUGGAAAUGGACAAAAAGGACCUUGUCAGAGACAAGUUCUAAUAAAUCUUUUGAUGCAAAAGAGCAAGGAUCUCCAGAGAAGGCUCGAUGCAGCUCCAGUCCUCAGCACCUCAAUGUCCAGCAGUUAGAGGACAUUUACAACAAAAUGGCAAAAACACAAUCCCAGCCAGUACUUAACUCUAAAGAUUCAAAUCAGCCUAGCAAACCAGCAGAGGAGCUUGAGAUGGAAGCAAUCCCUGGUCCAACAGUACCAAUGUUAGCAACUCACCGAGAGGGAAUUAUCGACAUGAGAAGCAUGUCAAGCAUAGACAGUUUCAUAAGCUGCACUGCUGAAUUCCCAGAGACCGGUAGGUUCUCACACAGCCCCCUUGCCAUUCUUCCAUACAAGAUAAAUAUAAAUCCAGGGCAGAACACUUCUCAUGGGUAUAAACAAAGUCGCGAUAGGCCAUUAUCCUCAGACGUUAGCAGAGAGAGCUUCACAGAAAUUCCCCCCAAAACUGAUUUGGGCCGUCAUUCUACAUUUAUUUUGGAAAGCCCAAAAAGUUUAGUGAAGGUCAAAAACCCUUUAAUGUUGAGGUCUCUCAAAGUCAACUUUUUAGAAGGUGAUACUGGCACACUGCUACCUGCCCCAAAUGUAUUGAGCUCCACGUCACAUAUGCAGGAAGGCCCAUCCAAGCUAGACACGUCCUUCAUGUCUGAGCAUUCCGUGCGGAGCCCAGAAACAUCCCUGUACACCACGGCUAGUGCAAGGACCCCCUCCAAAUCCCCCGAAAAACACAUGGCAAUAGCUUUUACAUUUCACGACGCUAAUGUACAUAAAUACAUAGAUGCUGACACUGAUGAUGAGGGACAACUGCUAGACGGAUUGGAUUCCAGUCCUUCCAAAGAAUUGCUAGGGACCAUGAGCCCCAAAUAUAACAUAACGAAUAGCGGCCAUCGAACGCAGAGGGAUAACGUCCAUAGAGGGGAAAAGAACCACUUAGAGAGUGCUCCUUUCUCGAGUUCUUCGAGGUAUGUCGGUCAAAACUGCAUCUACUCUACAGAAGGCGUGACUGGAAGAGGUCAGGGAAAUCUGGAGACUAUCAAGAUGGAAAAUCACAUUUCACCAGAAGUUCACGUGCUACCCGGUGGUGGCGGACAUUCAAAUAAACAUGAUCCCAGCAUCUGAUCUACAGACGUUAUGAGAACUGCUCACUCGUGCACACAGAGCUUCUGCAUGGCAUAAACAUGAACCGGAACUAGCAUCCUCUCCCUUUAGUCAGAGGGAAGGCAUUCAGAGGAGAACAAUGAACAAAUUCUUCUCUUUGAGGAUGUUUUCUAAACCAUGCUAGAGAUGUCAGCCACCACUUUGGUAGAAAAAACAAAAUUGCUAUUAUUUGAUCUCCUUUAAUGAACGCUCUCUCUCUCUCUUGAAAGCCAUUGUGACCAAAUACCCCUCUACGUAACAGGAACCUGCUUUUUUUAUUUAUAUAAUAUUUCAUUUUAUGACAAAGGUAAGAAGAGACAACAGGAAUAUUCAGGUCUUGUGGAUAGCUGGGAUUAGAAAUGCUUUGAAUGACUUUUCCGUUUCAACCCCGGUCACACAGUCCUACAGAGGAAGAAGGAAAAGAAAAAAAAAAAGCAGGGACGGAAUAGAACUGCGUUUAUCCAUUUCUCGUAUUUUUUUUGUAUUUAUUUGUAAUUGAAUCAAUGCUAGUCAAGGCGAGUUGCACCAGUUGAUCCGUAUUAAGAAAACAAAUGAUACAAAGUGUUCACGUCUCUGGUUUGGUUUGAAAGAAUAUUAUUGGGGGGGAGGUCGGGACAUUAACACUCAGUACUAGAUCAUUCUAACAGAUGGAAAAUUCACCUAGACAAGUUUUCCUGCCUUUUUUUGGUAACAUUUUCAUGCGGGACAUGAUAAUUACCAGAAAUUUUAUUCUUAGGCAAAUUGCUUGGGCUGGUGUAGAAAGAAAUGCCUAAUUAACAAGGCAAAUGUCAAUGCCUUAAAGAAUUAAACAAAAAUAUAUAUUAGUCGAGGGAGAGUUCUCCCUAACGGGCAUGAAAACUCAUCGAAAAAAAGGUGGAAGAGUUGGCUAGGCAAGUUAUUCUCCUGUUUGUAAAUCUAGCCCUUAUCUUUUUUGUUUCAGAGACACAUUCAUUAUAAAUAGUGUAAAUAAUUUCUAUCUGCAUAUUUGACUUCACAGACAGGGCUGUCUUUUGGGGUUAUGGAGUACUGUUAUUAAAGCAGGGAGAGGGAACAUCUUACAUAAAAUAAACAUAUUAUCCCACUGUUACUAUAGGCACCAUCUCUCCCUACUAUACCUGCUAUCCCACAG